UGGGAUGCGGAAGUUCCGGAUUCUUACGAGAAGCCAACUGAUUCAGCGACAUGCCCAACUUCUGCAGAACCUGAACUUAGUGCGGACAAAUUCCCUGAUUCUCACGAACAAAAAGAAGAAAAAGAAGAAGAAAUUGAAGCCGUCAGAGGGGACGACAAGGACACCGAGAAAGAUGCAUCUGAGAUUAGCGACGUAAUAACUCCUCUAGCGAAAAAGUUUGAGCGCGUCAAAUACGUGGAUGGUAUGUUAUUCUUCCUUCCGAUUUCUGUGCUCUUUUCUUGA